UUGAUAAACAUACAAAUGAAUACCAAAGUUGUGAAGAUGAGCGCGGUUAACAAAAAUAAUUUUCUAUCUUACAACUAUAUGUUUACAUGCUUGAGUACACCGGCUUAAUUUUACAUCCUUUAGUAAUAUUGAUAUAUCUUUACAUCCUUGAGUAAAAUGGCUAUCGUUUUUAUGUUCAUGUCAUUGGUAGCAAUUUUGUAUGCGUCUUCUUUUGCAUGUAUUCAGAGUUCUUCGCGCAGAGAAACAUCGGAAUGGCGAGAUUUGUUUGUUGGGAAAUGUUUAUUAUAUAAACAAGAUUAUAAUUCAAGUUUAUUGUGUAACACCACUAUAGACUGUAGUCAGUUGUGGUCAAAGGUGAAAACGGCAGUAGAAUAUCAACCAAAAUGUAAUUUCAACAACAGUGCUUAUGAAGAUUUGGUCACAGCUAGUCAGCAUUUUGUACCAGAAAACAAGUUCCUUUUUUGGGAAAAUGUAUACCCCUUUGUCAUGUGGUACAGUAACCGCGGACACAAAUAUUAUACAAUAUCAGAUACAUUAACAGGCUAUUUAUUUGACAACAUUGAAUGGUGUGGAAACUCAACAGAAGCUGAUGGAAUAGAAAAGUAUCCGAGAACUUGCCCAGGUUAUGAACUAGGUCCAGAGUGUCAGAAGUCUGCUCAGUCUGUUUUUUGGGAAACGGCAUCUAAAUUCUAUGCAAGAAAUGCUUAUGGUGAUGUCUAUGUGAUGUUGAAUGCAAGCAUAUCUCCAGCAUUUCCAACAGACUCAUACUUUGGGAAUAAUGAACUUCCCAAUAUAAAUGGUACAAAAGUUAAGAAAGCAACGAUCCUACUGGUUCAUUCUUUGGACGAUCCUGUACUAGAAAAAUGUUCCGGUGAAUCAAUUAAGAAUCUGAUGGAGCGUUUUACGGCAAAAGGUAUAUCUCCAUCUUGCAUAGAUAAUCCGAGAGAUGUCCAGAUGUUAAUGUGUUCAGAGAAUCCAUCAAAUCCUAACUGCAACAUGUGGAUGUCUUCCGGUGCAAAGAGGUCGAUGAUGACACCUUAUCUCAUAUGUCUUAUACUUAUCAAGUCAUUGAACAUUUUUGUGUAACAUUUUUUUUAUUCAUAGUAAGAUUAUAUAAUUUUUGUUAACUUUAAACAAUGAUCAGGGAAGUUUAAGUUUACAUAUAAAUUUUAUUUAUAAGUUGG